AUGAAUUCAGUGUCAUUUCCAGCUGCUGCCGUAUCCGCAGCCCCUUCUUCUUCUUCUUCUUCUUCUAAUUGUCUCACUAGAAGCAGCGGAGCUUUGUUUCCCUGUUCGCACAAUCUCCGGUUUCUUCCCGGUCUUUCCCGUUCAUGUUCAAGUAAAGUUGGAAUCAGAUGUACAUAUGCACGGACAGGCAUGCAAGAGGAUAUUGAUCCUGGUACUAUUGAUGUUAAAGCUGAUGUCAGGACUGAGCGUAUUGUAGUUUUAGGAGGGAGUGGUUUUGUUGGUUCUGCAAUAUGCAAAGCUGCUGUAUCCAAGGGUAUCGAGGUGAUAAGUCUUAGCAGGUCAGGACGUCCAUCUUACACAGGUUCAUGGGUUGAUCAGGUCACAUGGAAGUCAGGCAGGGAUUUUCAAGCUGUUCUUUUUCUCCCAGGAGAUGUUUUCUAUGCUAAUUGGGACGAGGUUCUUCUUGGCGCCACAGCGGUUGUUUCAACCCUAGGAGGUUUUGGUAGUGAGGAACAAAUGCAGAGGAUCAAUGGAGAGGCUAAUGUUGUGGCAGUCAAUGCUGCUAAAGAUUAUGGAAUUCCGAAGUUCAUCUUGAUCUCAGUCCACGAUUAUAAUUUACCACCAUUUUUACUUCAAUCUGGGUACUUCACGGGGAAGAGGAAAGCAGAAUCAGAAGUUCUCUCCAAAUACCCAAGCUCAGGUGUUGUACUAAGGCCAGCUUUUAUUUAUGGAAAGAGGAAAGUUGAUGGAUUUGAGAUCCCCUUGGAUUUAGUAGGGGAACCACUUGAAAGAGUUUUACGUGCUACAGAAAACUUUACAAAACCUUUGAGCUCUAUUCCGGCCUCUGAUCUACUUUUGGCUCCACCUGUGAGUGUCGAUGAUGUUGCUUAUGCAGUUAUAAAUGCUGUUGGAGAAGAUGAUUUCUUUGGAAUUUUCACCAUUGAUCAAAUAAAGGAAGCAGCAGCUGCAGUGAAAGCUUAA